ACGAUGGGGCCGGGACAGAACAGCGCCGUGAGGGUUGAAUGGAUUGCUGCAGUCUCCUUAGCUGCUGGAGCAGCUGCUGUUGGAUAUCUAGCUUACAAAAAAUUUCUCUCAAAGGACAAAUGCUUUAAAGCAAUGGUGAAUCCCCAUAUCCAGAAGGAUAACCCCAAGGUAGUCCAUGCCUUUGAUAUGGAAGAUCUGGGAGACAAGGCUGUGUAUUGUCGUUGUUGGAGGUCUAAGAAGUUCCCACUGUGUGAUGGCUCUCACACAAAGCACAACGAGGAAACUGGUGACAACGUUGGGCCUCUGAUCAUCAAGAGGAAGGAGGCGUAGAGUGGACAGUAGAAGCUACAGAAUCAAUGUCUGACAAAUCUUCUGUUCUCUUGUAAUUGGGGGGAAAAACCCACUAAUUCUUUGUCAUAUGCCUGAAGACUUCCCAAUGUAUAUACAUCAGGCUUCAGCAUGUGUAUUUUCUCUGGUGCUUGUUGUCUUUCAAUCACUACAAUGCAUAAUUUACUAAGUAGUCAUGGUUUAAAUUUUUUGUCCUGUAAAGUGUGUGUACACUCUCGCUGACUGUGAGACUAAAAUGAGGCACAGAAUGUAUUUAAUCAGGAAAUAGGUAUUAAAUUAUUUCAAUUUAGAUACUGAAAUCCUGGAGAGUUCUAAAGUCACAGAGCUGGAUAGAUGUCCAUGUAAAAGGCAGUGGCAGUGAAGAAAUCAGUGCCAUCUUAAUCUCUGAUUAUGCUGCAUUUUCUGCAGGUGUCACAUUUGUCCUUUUAGACUACUGUGCUGUAUGGCUUUUGUAAAAGAACCAAUUCAAAAUUGCUAGCUAUGAACAGACAACAGAAAAGGCUGAAAGUAAGAUGGGGCUGGAGGGCAACUUUACCUUAGAUUUUUACAGCAGUAUUUAAACUUGACCCUACUUCGAUUUGGUAUCAAGAAAAUACUAAUCUAAACUGUGGACCUGUAUUUAGACUAGGACUAGGGAAAUUAUUUCUGAGAGAUUUCCUAACAGAUGAGUUGAAUGACACAAAGUGCUCCAAGAGAAAUGGCCGGGGGGGGGGAAGGUUUGUUUUUGCUGUUGGAGAAAGCCUUAGUUUCACUUGCAGUCCUUCAGUGAAGCCACCUUCCCAGACCACAGGAUGCUUCUCUGGAGUGGUUAUGCUGAUUAAUUCUAGAAGCUAAAAUAAAAACUAAAACCCCACCCAUCAUCACCAUCUGCUUCACUAUUGCACUGGCUGGUUCUAGAAAGCUUUUCCUACUGAGAAGGGAGGAGGCAUACUUCUCUUACUAUGUGGCCUUAGGCUCUAUGUGUCUUAACUCCUGCCUCCCUGGGCUGCUAAUGGUGUUUAGCUGAUUUUACCAAAAAAUCCUGGCAUGGAAGAAGAAAGGCUUUGAAAAUAGACAGGAACAAGAAGGGAGGGAAGGAUGAGACAGAGAGAGAUCUUACCCUCCUUACCCAUGGCACUUGUCUUCUUGUUUGGCAUGGUUGCAUUAAUGGCUGUCACGUUGGUUUCCUUAAACAGCUUGGAUUUGUUAACACACAUGUGAGUACAAUGUAAAACCCAAAGAGUGGGGCAGCAGGGGGCAAUUUUGUAUUAAACCCAAUCCAUUAGUGUAACUGUGGCCUGCAUAAGAUGGAGCUCUGAAUGUCCUGGGACAGAAACUACCUCAGGGCUAGAUGAAAGGCCUUGUUAAGAAGCUGACAUUUUAGCCUGGACCCUUAAGGAUUCUUCAGAUGAUCAGGGCAGGAGAGGUUCUAUUUGCUUUAGUUUUUAAAGGGUGGUUGGUACAGUUGGUUAAAACAGAUGUUUUGCAUAGUCUGUAUGUUAUGGCUUUCAGAGACUGAGGUCUUGGCCAAUUGGUCUGGAUUUGGGCAGAAGGCAUAAAACGUAAAGAAGGAGGCACAGGUAGAGAAAGGUGGGGUGUCAGAGUAAGGGCACUACUGUCCAAGAGACCUCUACUUGAAAGAAGUUGCUGUUAAAUACAUCAGUUUGUCUUUUCUGUCUGUCUUGAGUGUAAAAACACUUGAUUUUUUUACUUUGCUGAGUACUAAUGCAUAUGGAAAGUUGUUUUAACCUUAAAUUAUCAAAUACAUUUUAUCCAAAGCAAAGUAACUUCUGUAUUAUUAGAAUAUGACACUGGAUAUUUCUGUAUUUCUGUCAAAUACACAUUUGAGCUCAUCUUAAUCUCAAGGCUGUAAAGUCUGUGUUCUCAUGGGUAUGCUCUUUCUUUCAGUAGUGCUGUACAGUGCUCCUGUAGUCAUUAACCUGUGUCUGGAGUGGAUUUUCCUUCUGAGAUUCCUUUUCCUGUCAACAUCAAAGCCUGGCUGUUCCUGAAGGAAUAGGAAUUCAGUAUUAAUGGUCUGGGGAAUUAAGUCCUGAAGUUUCAGAUGAAUCUCCUGAGUAAAACUACUUUGUGGAGUUUGCCAGUAAAAUAUUUCUGGGAGUUUUGGUGUCAGGGAAGUAGGUCCUGUGGGAAGUUUUUAUUCCUGGGAAGGACAGUCACAGAAGCAGAGUCUGUGUUGAUUUACAUCCUGGUGACUUUUGUUUUGGAGAAGUGUUGUAUUUCUGAAUGUUGAUUUGAGUGUUUGGAUCUUAAUUAGAGGCGCAUACAAUUCCUGUACUGUACCUUAUUUAUGCAGGCUUUUGAAAUGUGUUAAGAGAGUCUUGGAUUUGAAGAAACAAACUUAACCAAGUAGUCUCAAUGAGCAGCACAGAGAACACUAAUUUUUUUCUCUUAGUACCAUAAUAGGUCACAACGUUCUAAUGGGUGGAGUGCUUGACUGUUCCAGUAUUUCCCUAAGUCUCUUUCUUUAGUGCUUUCCUCAAAUAAUCUCUAGAGUAUGAAGUGCAUUAGUUACAUUUCUACCAGUUUUAACCAUAAAGAAAUGAUGCAAAUGUGCAAUUUUGACCUCAGAUUGAAACUCCUAAUAGAAAACCUUCAAAAAUUAAAGCAGGGAAAAAUCCCUGGCACAGAGUAAAACUA